GGAAAUGCAGGGUAACUGUCGGCUGUAUGUAGCUGAAAGCUAACGUUUUGUCGCAUUUCUUCGCCGCUGUUUUCAGUCUGUCUGCUAUUUUGGUAUUUGUCUUCGUUUGAAGAGUUUGUCGUGGAAACCCCGGGUUAAAGACAUCGAACUGACUCUGCUGCUGAACUCGAUCACCUUGACUGUGCUUCUCCUCCUCCUCACCUUCUUCAGUCUCUCUGGGUGUGGGUGACACUGGCUCUGUGCCAGUCCUCCACAGAUGAAGAUGUCCCUGGCCCAGCGAGUGCUCCUCUCAUGGAUAUUUGCCCUGAUCUUCUUGAUCCUGCUGGUCCUCAAGCUGGACUCCAGAAUCCACUGGAAUUGGUUCCUAAUCUUCCUCCCUGUUUGGACCUUUGACAGCAUCCUCAUCCUCAUGCUGAUAGUGAAGAUGGCAGGCCGCUGCAAGCCGGACUUUGACCCCAGGGAGGGUGAGCAGAGCUUGAAGAGGAGGCUGUGGUACCUAACAGCCCUGCUGCUAAAGCUGGCCUUCUGCCUGACUCUGUGCUCCCGCUUGGAGGGGCACACAAAAGUGUGGAUCAGUGUGGUCUGCAUCCCUCUGUGGGUGCUGCUGGGUGGAGCACUGAUAGAGCUGGGCUACAGCGUCUUCCACUAUAGGAGGGACUGAAAUUGCCAGAAUGUGAACUUUUUUUUUUUAAAUACUCAGGCAUCUGUGACGAAGGAUACAUCACUGAAGGAAGAUGCUGACCUUUAUUUAAAACACUGUUCCUUUGCUGUAAGUGCAGACUCACUGGGUUAGUGACAUCUACACACUGGGGCAUGCAGGCUCUGCUUCACCUGCUUCAGGCGGCAUCAGAGUGUUGUUUUUGGACAUGUGUUGCUGCCUUUUAGCUCAUUUUUAGUCAUUAGUAAGGAAUGGAUUAAACUUAAGAGCCAGGUAAAAAGUCUGGCUGAUCAAACAUGUGCUACACAAAACAUUGAUCUUAAUUUUUCUACAUUAGCUGCACUCUGUCAGCAACAGUUUGAAUGUAGAUGAGAACUUCCCCCAUCUGCUAAUAUUAAAUGUCAUUUGCACUGUACAAACUGCUGUAGACAUCUUUUUGAAAGCCAGGAAAAAAAUGUCACUGUUCAUCCUUUUGUCGGCUGUUUUACGUCAUGUUUGCAAACAAAAUUUCCCAGGGAGAUUUAAGAGUAAGUGCAACCUUUGCUGCAGGUCAGUAUUUAAGUCUUUUGAGCCUUCAUAGCAGGAAAAGGCUGAAUUCCAGGAUGCAGUGUGUUUGUGGUGUCUCUGGAUGAAGAGACAUGAAAUGAAAUUCUAUCAUAAAAUUCAUGAUAGAAUUUAAUAAUUUUUUAAAAAUCCAGUCAUCUCAGAGUGACUGAGAUACCUACAGCUGAUAAGUGAAGCCGAUGUCGAAGUACGUUUAACCUGCAUUCUUUUUAAUGGCCACCAGGGGGUGAUAUCUGUGGUUGCAAGAGCACUUCCAGUGCUACAAAGACUGUGUGAAAAUGAUUCUUAGACAUAACCUCUGUUUCAGGUUAUAUUGAAUAAAAUUGUAAAUUUUGGGCUGUCUAUGUGACAGAGAUGUGGAUUUUCUGGACACGCUCAUUGGCUAACAACUUGUGAUUGUGUGCGAGUCCUCCUCCUACUACACUAGCUGUGUGUCACACUCCUCUUAUACACCUUUGUAUCAUUUAUUGUAACUUGUCCAGCAAACCUAUGCUCCAGAUGCAUUUUUAGGAACCUAGAGAUCCUGCAGCACGGCAUACUGAUUUCCAGGUCAGGAUGGUGUAUUAGAUGAGAAAAUAAAAAUU